AUGCACGGGGCUCGUCGCGGCCAAGUGGCCGUGUCGCGCGUGGUGCGCGCGCGCCUGGCGCAGCGCGUGUGCGCCACCAGCAGCAACAGCCUCGUCAGCGGCAGCUCGUUGGCUGCCCCGCGCAGCUUCCACGCGUCCUGCGCCGCCUCGGCGGGCCGCCGCAACGCCGCGGACGACUCGGAGGCGGCGCUAGCGCAGCAGAUGCUGGACUUCAUGAAGCUCGCGGAGGAGGAGGAAGAAGCCAGCGCCGACGCCGAAGCCGACGACCGCGCGUCGCUCUCCGCCGUGCAGGCCGAGCUGCCCGUGCGCGGCGUGGUCAUGGGCGUGCAGAACGGCCUGGCGCGCGUGUCCGGUCUGCGCCACGCCACCAUCGGCAGCGUCGUGGACAUGUCGGACGCCGCCGGCCAGUCGCUGUGCGCCGGUCUGGUGCUCUUCAUGGAGAGGAAGGUGGUGCACGUGGCGCUGCUGCACGCCAGCGGCCAGGCGCGCGCCGUGGCCAAGGGCAUGGACGUGCAGCUGCAGCGCGAGCAGCUCGAGAUCCCCGGCAGCGUCGCGGCCUUCGCGGGCGCCGUCGUGGACCCGCUCGGCCGCCCCGUGCAGCUGCAGGAGGAGGAAGGAGAGGAAGGUGAACAGGAGAGCGCCACCCAGCAGCACGCGGCCAACGACCGCGUCAAGGUCACGUGGGGCGCGCAGAGCGUGCCUGGCCUCAUGGCCCGCGCCCCGCUGCGCUCGCCCUUCGAGACGGGGCUGCUGGCCGUGGACUGCCUGCACCCCAUGGCCCACGGCCACCGCUUCGGCGUGCUGGGCCCCAGGAACUCGGGCAAGACACGCGUGGCGCUGGACGUCAUCGCGCACCAGGUGGCGAGGGCCAAGGCCCGUGGAGAGCUGCCUCCGCAGUUCGUCUACGUCUGCGUGGGCAAGAGCGCCGCGCGCAUCCACCAGAUCCGCGACGCGCUCAAGGUCACGGGCGCGUUGGAGCACACCACCAUCGUCGCGUCCACCGACCGCGACUCGCCCGUGCUGCAGUAUUUGGCGCCGUUCACGGGGUGUGCGGUCGCCGAGUUCCUCAUGUACAACGGUCGGUCCCGGCGCAGCGUUGUCUUGUACGACGACUUGGCCGCGCACACGACGGUCGUGGAGGGACUUGUGCAGUCGCUGAAGCUGCCGCGCGCUGCCCAGCUUAGUCUCAGCGCACAUGCGGUGCUGAUGGAGCGCUCAGCGCAGUUCAAGGGGGCAUCCAAGAAGGAGGAAGGCCCAUCGCUCACGUCGUUCGUGCUGGUGGACGCGCCGGACAGCUUGGAGAUCCCGUCCGAGUUCCAGGAGCGCGUGACGUCGCUCGUGGACGACUACAUUGGGUUGGAGUCUACGCUGGCGCGCAAUCGCGUGUUUCCGCCUGUGGAUGUCUUGGCGCCUGGUGCAUCGGUUCGUGGUCCACCGUUCCAGUCGGCGACGCGCUGGACGUUUGUGAGCCGCCUGCGUGCGCGAAUCAACGCUGCCGCGCAGGUAAAGCAGAACGUGGAGGUGGCGCGCAAGCUGGGCUUUGAGACGGAGCCGGAGGACGCAGAGACGCUGGAGUUCCUGGAGCUCGUGCAGCAGUUUUUCACGCAGAAACCUUUGCUCGCGGUGAUGAUGCCAGGGCCGGAACAGACCGCGCCAACGGAGUUGGAGACGGAACUUGGAGCCUUCUUCCUGACGAUCGUGGACAUGGCUCACCUGCCUGGCAGUGACGGUGUUGAGGAGGCACCAUUGAAUCUGUGGGAAUUCCUGCACGACGUCGUGGCCAGACUUUCUCGCGACGAGAACCAGGACAUUAUGCCCCAACUGACUACACACUCGCGCAGGAAGGCGUGGUCACUAGACCUGCAGGAAAACGUGGCCUUAAUUCUGUCCGAGGAGCUAGAGGCCAUCAAGCAGCGCCGGACGCAGGAGUAUAAGGAAGAGCAGGCGAAGUGCAAGCAGUACUUGCGCAAGCUGCAGGAGCUCAAGGCUGGCAAGUUGGGACAAAGUAAGGCUUAG